CUUUCUCUUCCCCUUCCCCCUCCCCCCCCCAAAAAUCGCCUCCCAUUCCACCUCUUCCUGCCGCUGUUGCUUCUCCUCCUUCCCCCUCCCUUACCGGCGACGCCAUCUUCUCCUCUUUCCUUGCUACAGAACAGAAAGAGGGAAAUAAGCUAGCAAAGAUGAUAGUGUCCGUCGCGGUCGUUGGGCAUCAGAACAAUCCACUUUACAUUCAGAGCUUCACAGAGGCCGAUGAUGCUCUUAAGCUCCAUCAGAUUGUUCACUGCUCCCUCGACGUUGUCGAUGAGCGAGUGAAUAAUCCCAAAAAAUCAGGGCCCACUCUCAAUGAGACAUUCCUUGGAUUGCUUUAUCCUACAGAAAAUUAUAAAGUGUAUGGCUACUUGACUAACACAAAGGUGAAGUUCAUCUUGGUCACAACAGAUUUAGAUGUCAGAGAUGCAGAUGUCAGAAAUUUCUUUCGGAGGUUCCAUGCUGCAUAUGUUGAUGCAGUUUCCAACCCGUUUCAUGUACCCGGCAAAAAGAUCACAUCAAAAACUUUUGCGGAGAGGGUAAGCAAUAUUGUCAAGUCAUUUGGAUUGAGCUCAGCUGGCUGAAUGUUGCCAUUGCAAAUCUAAACCUGUUAGCUUUCCUUAGGUGGAUGUCAAGUUUCUCUUUCCAUUACUUAAAAUCUCAUUUUCAGUUUUCUCCGUACAUGGUGACAUUGUAUCAUUUUAACACUUGCGGUCUAUAAGUUGUACCAAAGACAAAACAAGAGAUACAUUGGUUCCAAAUAGAUAUGGUUCUUUUA